AUGGACACCGCAGGAGUCAAAGUGCUGGAGACAGCCGAAGACAUCCAGGAACGUCGGCAGCAGGUUUUGGACCGCUACCGGCGUUUCAAGGAGUUGUCUAUCAUGCGCCGGCAGAAGCUGGAAGACUCUUACCGCUUUCAGUUCUUCCGGCGUGAUGCUGAUGAGUUGGAGAAGUGGAUCCAAGAGAAGCUCCAGAUCGCCUCUGAUGAGAGCUACAAGGACCCUGUUUCUCUGCAGGGUAAACUGCAGAAACAUCAGGCCUUUGAAGCAGAAGUUCAGGCCAACGCAGGGGCCAUCAUCAAGCUGGACGACACCGGGAACCUGAUGAUCACUGAGGGCCACUUUGCCUCCGAGACCAUUAGAACUCGUCUGGAGGAACUCCACCGUCUGUGGGACCUCCUGCUGCAGAAGACCAAGGAGAAGGGCAUGCGUCUGCUGCAGGCCCAGAAGUUGGUCCAGUACCUGAGAGAGUGUGAAGAUGCUCUGGACUGGAUCACUGACAAGGAGGCCAUGGCCACCUCUGAGGAGCUGGGCCAGGACCUGGAGCAUGUGGAGCUCCUUCAGAAGAAAUUUGAGGAAUUCCAGACUGACUUGGCAGCGCACGAGGAGCGCGUGAACGAGGUGAACCAGCUGGCAGCCAAGCUGAUCCAGGAAGCUCAUCCUGAGGUCGAGCUCAUCGUACGGAAGCAGGAGGAGGUGAACUCAGCCUGGCAGCGCUUAAAAGGCCUGGCCCAGCAAAGGCAGACCAAGCUGUUCGGAGCUGCUGAAGUUCAGCGCUUCAACAGAGACGUUGAUGAGACCAUCAGCUGGAUCAAGGAGAAGGAGCAGCUGAUGGCCUCUGAUGACUUUGGUCGUGAUCUGGCCAGCGUUCAGGCUCUACUGCGGAAACAUGAGGGUCUGGAGAGAGACCUGGCUGCUCUGGAGGAUAAGGUUAACACUCUUGGUGGGGAUGCAGAGCACCUGCAGCAGACACACCCCCAGAAUGCUUCCCAGAUCCACCUGAAGAAGGAUGAACUCAUCACCAACUGGGAGCAGAUCCGAACUCUGGCUGCGGAGCGCCACACCCGCCUCAAUGACUCUUACCGGCUGCAGCGUUUCACAGCAGACUUCAGGGAUCUGACCAGCUGGGUGACGGAGAUGAAGGCCCUGAUCAAUGCUGACGAGCUGGCCAAUGACGUGGCUGGAGCUGAGGCUCUGUUAGACCGUCACCAGGAGCACAAGGGAGAGAUCGACGCCCAUGAGGACAGUUUCCGAGCCACAGACGAAGCUGGACAGGCCUUACUCAACACAGGACACUAUGCUUCUGAGGAGGUGAAGGAGAAGCUGGGUGUCCUGGCUGAGGAGAAGGAGUCCCUGCUGGAGCUGUGGGAGCUUCGUAGGCAGCAAUACGAGCAGUGCAUGGAUCUGCAGCUCUUCUACAGGGACACGGAGCAGGUGGAUAACUGGAUGAGCAAGCAAGAGGCGUUCCUUCUGAAUGAAGACCUCGGCGACUCCCUGGAUAGUGUUGAGGCACUGUUAAAGAAACACGAGGACUUUGAGAAGUCACUCAGUGCUCAAGAGGAGAAAAUCACUGCUCUGGAUGAAUUUGCUACCAAACUGAUUCAGAACAAUCACUACGCUAAAGAGGACGUGGCGACCCGGAGAGAUGCUCUCCUCAGCCGCCGCAACGCUCUUCAUGAGCGUGCUCAGUCUCGCCGUGCUGCCUUGGAGGACUCUUUCCACCUCCAGCAGUUUUUUAGAGACUCUGAUGAGCUGAAGAGCUGGAUCAAUGAGAAGAUGAAGACGGCUACUGACGAGUCUUACAAGGAUCCCUCCAACCUCCAGGGCAAGGUGCAGAAGCACCAGGCCUUCGAGGCAGAGCUGUCGGCCAACCAGAGCCGCAUCGAUGCCCUGCAGAAAUCUGGCCAGGAGCUGGUGGAUGGGAAGCACUACGCCUCCGCUGAGGUGGCUGGCCGCAUGGAGGAGGUCAGCUCUCAGUGGAAGAAGCUGCUGGAAGCCACUGAGCUCAAAGGGAUCAAGCUACGUGAGGCCAACCAGCAGCAGCAGUUCAACAGGAACGUGGAGGACAUUGAGCUCUGGCUGUAUGAAGUUGAGGGCCACUUGGCAUCAGAUGAUUAUGGAAAAGACCUGACAAGUGUCCAAAACUUACAGAAAAAACAUGCCCUGCUGGAGGCUGACGUGGCUGCUCACCAGGACCGAAUUGAUGGCAUCACCAUCCAGGCUCGGCAGUUCCAGGAAGCUGGACACUUUGAUGCUGAGAACAUCCGCAAGAAGCAGGAGGCUCUGGUAGUCCGAUAUGAAGCUCUGCGUGAACCCAUGGCUGCACGCAAACAGAAACUGUCUGAUUCCCUCAGGCUCCAGCAGCUAUUCAGAGAUGUUGAGGAUGAAGAGACGUGGAUCCGUGAAAAGGAGCCCAUUGCUGCCUCGACCAACAGAGGCAAAGACUUGAUCGGUGUUCAGAACCUGCUGAAGAAGCACCAGGCUCUGCAGGCUGAGAUCACAGGACAUGAACCUCGCAUUAAGGCUGUCACCCAGAAGGGAGAGGCCAUGGUGGACGAAGGUCACUUUGCUGGAGAGGAUGUUAAGGCUAAGCUGGCUGAGCUACAUGGACGCUGGGACCUGCUGAAGUCCAAGGCCUCCCAGAGAAGACAGGACCUUGAGGACUCUCUGCAGGCCCAGCAGUACUUUGCCGAUGCCAACGAAGCUGAGUCUUGGAUGAGGGAGAAGGAACCCAUCGUUGGGAGCACAGACUACGGGAAAGAUGAAGAUUCAGCCGAGGCUCUGCUGAAGAAGCACGAGGCCCUGAUGUCUGAUCUCAGUGCUUAUGGAAGCAGCAUCCAGGCCCUGAAGGAGCAGGCCCAGACCUGCAGGCAACAAGUGGCUCCAACCGAUGAUGAGACUGGGAAGGAGCUGGUUCUGGCUCUGUAUGACUACCAGGAGAAGAGUCCCAGAGAGGUCACCAUGAAGAAGGGGGACAUCCUGACUCUGCUCAACAGCACCAACAAGGACUGGUGGAAGGUGGAGGUGAAUGAUCGUCAGGGCUUUGUUCCUGCUGCCUAUGUGAAGAAGCUGGACCCGACCCAGUCGUCCUCCAGGGAGAACCUGCUGGAUGAACACGGCAGCAUCGCCAUGCGCCAGGAUCAAAUAGAGAAUCAGCUUGUCACCAAGGAGGCCUGCAGCGUUUCUGUACGCAUGAAGCAGGUGGAAGAGCUGUACGGGACUCUGCUAGAACUGGGAGAAAAACGGAAAGACAUGCUGGAGAAGAGCUGCAAGAAGUUCAUGUUGUUCCGGGAAGCCAACGAGCUCCAGCAGUGGAUCAACGAGAAGGAGAACGCUCUGACCAAUGAGGAGGUGGGCUCUGACCUGGAGCAGGUCGAGGUUCUGCAGAAGAAGUUUGAUGACUUCCAGAAGGACUUGAAAGCCAACGAAUCUCGUCUGAGGGACAUAAACAAGGUGGCAUCGGAGCUGGAGUCUGAAGGCCUCAUGGCUGAGGAGGCUCCCAUGGUCCAAGCUCAGCAACAAGAACUGCUCGGCUCUGCACCUGGAAAGGAUGAAGCGGAUUCAAAGACUGCCUCACCGUGGAAGACUGUACGCUUGGGUGUUCAAACAACGGCUAACUUUAAUUCAAUCAAGGAUCUGAACAACCGCUGGAGGUCCUUACAGCAGCUGGCUGAAGACCGGAGCAACAUGCUGGGCAGCGCCCAUGAAGUGCAGCGCUUCCAUAGGGAUGCUGAUGAAACCAAGGAGUGGAUUGAGGAGAAGAACCAGGCGCUGAACACGGAUAACUACGGUCAUGACCUGGCCAGUGUCCAAGCUCUGCAACGCAAACACGAAGGCUUCGAAAGAGACCUGGCAGCCCUGGGUGACAAGGUGAAUUCUCUCGGAGAGACGGCGGAGCGUCUGAUCCAGUCCCACCCGGAGGCGGUGGAUGAUAUUCAGGAGAAAUGCACCGAGCUGAACACCGCCUGGAGCAGCCUGGUGGGACGAGCUGACCAGCGCAAGGACAAACUGGGCAACUCUCACGACCUACAGCGUUUCCUGUCAGACUUCAGAGACCUGAUGUCCUGGAUCAAUGGCAUCCGAGGACUGGUGUCCUCAGAGGAGCUGGCCAAAGACGUGACAGGAGCUGAGGCCCUUCUAGAGAGACAUCAGGAGCACCGGACUGAGAUCGAUGCUCGUGCUGGGACCUUCCAGGCCUUUGAGCAGUUCGGUCAGCAGCUUCUGGCUCAGGGCCACUAUGCCAGUCCUGAGAUCCAGCAGAAACUGCAGGCUCUGGACCACGAGCGUGCCGACCUGGAGAAGGCCUGGGUUCAGCGCCGCAUGAUGCUGGACCAGUGCCUGGAGCUCCAGCUCUUCAACAGGGACUGCGAGCAGGCUGAGAACUGGAUGGCGGCUCGGGAAGCCUUCCUCGCCAGCGAUGAUAAGGGCGACUCCCUGGACAGCGUGGAGGCCCUCAUCAAGAAACAUGAAGACUUUGACAAGGCCAUUAAUGUCCAGGAGGAGAAGAUCGCUGCUCUGCAGUCCUUCGCUGAUCAGCUGAUUGGAGCGGACCACUACGCCAAACCUGAGAUCUUCAACCGCUGCAACGAAGUCCUGGACCGGUGGCGCCGGCUGAAGGCCCAGAUGAUUGAGAAGCGCUCCAAACUGGGAGAAUCCCAGACCCUGCAGCAGUUCAGCCGGGAUGUGGACGAGAUAGAGGCCUGGAUCAGUGAGAAGCUCCAGACUGCCACCGAUGAGUCCUACAAGGAUCCCACCAACAUCCAGCUGUCCAAGCUGCUGAGCAAGCAUCAGAAACAUCAGGCAUUUGAAGCUGAGCUGCACGCCAAUGCCGACCGGAUCCGUGGAGUGAUUGACACCGGGAAUGCCCUGAUUCAGAGAGGAGCCUGUUCCGGCAGCGAGGAUGCAGUCAAGGCCCGUCUCGGCGCUCUAGACGAUCAGUGGCAGUUCCUGGUCAACAAGUCAGCAGAGAAGAGCCAGAAGCUGAAGGAAGCCAACAAGCAGCAGAACUUCAACACUGGCAUCAAAGACUUUGACUUCUGGCUCUCUGAGGUUGAAGCUCUUCUUGCUUCUGAGGACUACGGCAAAGAUUUGGCCUCAGUCAACAACCUGCUGAAGAAGCACCAGCUGCUGGAGGCGGAUAUCUCUGCUCAUGAGGACCGUCUGAAAGACCUGAAUGGCCAGGCCGACAGUCUGAUGGCCAGCAACGCCUUCGACACGUCGCAGGUGAAGGACAAACGCGACGCCGUCAACGGGCGCUUCGCUAAAAUCAAGAGCAUGGCUGCAGGUCGGCGGACCAAACUCAACGAGUCGCACCGCCUGCAUCAGUUUUUUAGAGACCUGGAUGAUGAGGAGUCCUGGAUCAAAGAGAAGAAGUUACUGGUGGGCUCGGAGGACUACGGACGUGAUUUGACAGGAGUUCAGAAUCUGAGGAAGAAACAUAAGAGGCUGGAGGCAGAGCUGGGAGCUCAUGAACCGGCCAUCCAGUCAGUGCUGGAUACAGGGAAGAAGCUGUCGGACGAUAACAGCAUCGGUCAGGAGGAGAUCCAGCAGAGACUGGCUCAGUUUGUUGACCACUGGAAAGAGCUCAAAGAUCUGUCUGGAGCCAGGGGGAAGAGGCUGGAGGAAUCUCUGGAGUACCAGCAGUUUGUGGCUAAUGUGGAGGAGGAAGAAGCUUGGAUCAAUGAGAAGUUAAACCUGGUGGGAAGCGAGGACUACGGAGACACGCUGGCCGCUGUUCAGGGCUUACUGAAGAAACACGAAGCCUUUGAGACGGACUUCACCGUCCACCGGGACAGGGUCAACGAUGUGUGUGCAAAUGGAGAGGAGCUUAUCAAGAAGAACAAUCAUCACGUGGACAACAUCAGUGCCAAGAUGGCAGCACUCCGAGGAAAAGUGUCCGAGCUGGAGAGGGCCGCGGCUCAGAGGAAGGCCAAGCUGGACGAGAACUCGGCCUUCCUGCAGUUCAACUGGAAGGCCGAUGUGGUGGAGUCCUGGAUUGGUGAGAAGGAGAACAGCCUGAAGACCGAUGACUAUGGCAGGGACCUGUCCUCUGUCCAGACUCUGCUCACCAAACAGGAGACGUUUGACGCUGGUCUUCAGGCCUUCCAGCAGGAGGGAAUCACCAACAUCACGGCUCUGAAAGACCAGCUGCUGGCAGCCAAGCACGUCCAGUCCAGAGCCAUUGAGGACCGCCACGCCGCCCUGAUGAAGCGCUGGAACCAGCUGCUGUCCAACUCUGCUGCUCGCAAGAAGAAGCUUCUGGAAGCUCAGGAACACUUCAGGAAGGUUGAAGACCUGUUCCUGACCUUCGCUAAGAAGGCGUCCGCCUUCAACAGCUGGUUUGAAAACGCAGAGGAGGAUCUGACUGACCCAGUGAGGUGCAACUCCCUGGAGGAGAUCCGAGCACUGCGUGAAGCACACGAGGCUUUCCGUUCUUCUCUGAGCUCUGCUCAGACAGACUUCAACCAGUUGGCCGAGCUGGACCAGCAGAUCAAGAGCUACCAGGUGGUGUCCAACCCCUACACCUGGUUCACCAUGGAGGCCCUGGAGGAGACCUGGAGGAACCUGCAGAAGAUCAUCAAGGAGAGGGAGCUGGAGCUGCAGAAGGAGCAGAGACGACAGGAGGAGAACGAUAAGCUCCGUCAGGAGUUCGCUCAGCAUGCUAACGCCUUCCACCAGUGGCUGCAGGAGACCAGGACAUACCUUCUGGACGGGUCCUGCAUGGUGGAGGAGUCUGGUACCCUGGAGUCCCAGCUGGAGGCCACCAAGCGUAAACACCAGGAGAUCCGGGCUAUGCGCAGCCAGCUGAAGAAGAUUGAAGAUUUGGGCGCAGCGAUGGAGGAAGCUUUGAUUCUGGAUAACAAGUACACAGAACACAGCACGGUGGGUCUGGCCCAGCAGUGGGACCAACUGGACCAGCUGGGAAUGAGGAUGCAGCACAACCUGGAGCAGCAGAUACAGGCCAGGAACACCACCGGCGUGACGGAAGAGGCGCUGAAGGAGUUCAGCAUGAUGUUCAAACACUUUGACAAGGAGAAGUCCGGCCGUCUGAACCACCAGGAGUUCAAGUCCUGUCUGCGCUCUCUGGGCUACGACCUACCAAUGGUGGAGGAGGGAGAACCGGACCCCGAGUUUGAAGCCAUACUGGACACAGUGGAUCCAAACAGGGAUGGAAACGUCUCGCUACAGGAGUACAUGGCCUUCAUGAUCAGCCGUGAGACGGAGAACGUCAAGUCCAGCGAGGAGAUCGAGAGCGCCUUCCGAGCUCUGAGCACAGAGAACAAACCUUACGUGACUAAAGAGGAGCUCUACCAGAACCUGACCAAGGAGCAGGCCGACUACUGCCUCUCACACAUGAAGCCGUACCUCGACAGCAAGGGCCGCGAGCUCCCGUCAGCUUUCGACUUUGUGGAGUUUACCCGCUCGCUGUUUGUCAACUGAUCCAACCCCACCAGUCUGUAACUGGGACGUGUUUUCUCCUCACACACUUCAAAAUGAACACUGCUAAAACUGCAUGAUCGUAGCACCAAAACCCUCACUACUAACUAGCUGUUCUGCCUAUUUAUCCGUUUGUGGUUCUCAUGUUAGCUUAGCGGCUUCGCUGCUCUGAAUGUGACUGCUGUUAGCUGCUGUUAGCCAUUUUAGCUUCAACAACUCAGUGUGCUUUAAUAAACGUUACUGGUUAGAACUGGAAAA